AUGGAGCAUCUGGCAACUGUGUUUGACCGCCUUCAACAAUACGGCGUUGUUUUCAACCCGUUAAAUUGCUUCUUCGGCGUGCCCUCUCAACAACUUCUCGGACAUCUGGUCGACUCCCACGGCAUCCGUUCUCUUUCCCUGAAGGCUGCGGCUAUCCGUGAUUUCACUCCCCCCUCUUCCAAACGUCAACUGCAACGAUUUCUGGACAGGGUGAAUUUUUGUCGGCAGUUCCUCCAGCACUGUGCCGACACCAUCCUGCCGCUCACUAGUCUCCUCUCGGACCCCAAAAUUUCGUUCGGGUUGUCUGCAGACGCCCUCGCCGCUUUUGACAGGAUGAAAGCUGCCCUGGCCGACGCGACCCUACUGACGCAUUUCCCCCAUGCUCCCAUCUCCCUCGUGAUCGACGCCUCCAAUGAUGCAAUCCGCGUUUUUCUCCAAAAGCAUCUUCCAGGCCACACUCAAACUUUAUCUUUCUUCUCCAAGGAGUUAUGA